AUGGAGGGGGCGGGCUAUGUUUCUGAAGUCCAGGAUCUUGGAAUCCUCCUCAGGCUGGGUCUCUUCCGGUGUAGCCUGUCGCUGGGCCCUGUGGCAUCCGUUUGCCCUGUGUCUGGCUGGAGCUGGGCCAUCCACCGGGAGGACGCUGACGCCGCAGUAGUCAAGCUACAAUGGUAUGGAUGGACUGAUCUGGCAGCUGCAGCCUCGCGGGGAGGGGCUGGCUGCAGUCAGCCAGAGGAACAGUUGACCUUCAGGGAUGUGGCCAUUGAUUUUUCUGGAGAGGAAUGGGAGUGUCUGAACUCGGAACAGCAGAAUUUGUAUACGGAUGUGAUGUUGGAAAACUAUAGGAACCUCAUCUUCCUGGGUCUUGCUGUGUCUAAGCCAUACCUGGUUACCUGUCUGGAGCAAAGGAAAGAGCCCUGGAAUGUAAAGAGGCAAAAGCCCACGGCGGUGUUCCCAGCUUUCAAUCAAAGUUCAAGCCUUACUACAAGUCAUGCUGGAGAAAAACCCUACAAAUGUAAGGAUUGUGGCAAAGCCUUUACCUAUUGUUCAAGCCUUCGACAACAUCAUAGAAUUCAUUCUGGAGUGAAACAGCACAAAUGUAAGGACUGUGGCAAAGCCUUCUACCAUAAAUCACUCCUUACACAACACCAAAGCAUUCAUGCUGGGAAGAAACCCUACUGCUGUAAAUUCUGUGGCAAAGCUUUCAAUCAGAGGUCAACUGUUACUCAGCAUCAGAGAAUUCAUACUGGAGAGAGGCCCUACCAUUGUAAAGAGUGUGGCAAAGCGUUUCAUCAAAGAUCGAGUCUUAGCCUACACCAGAGAGUUCACACUGGAGAGAAACCCUACAAGUGCAAAGACUGUGGUAAAGCCUUCAACCGUAACUCACUCCUUACUCAGCACCAGAGAAUUCAUACUGGAGAGAGGCCCUACCAUUGUAAAGAUUGUGGUAAAACUUUUAAUAAAAAAUCAAGCCUUACUCAACACCAGAGAAUCCAUACUGGAGAGAAGCCCUAUUCUUGUAAAGAUUGUGGCAAAGCUUUUAAUCAAAGAUCAAGCCUCAGCUUACACCAGAGAGGUCAUACUGGGGAGAAACCUAAUAAAUGUAAUGAAUGUGGCAAAGCCUUUAAUCGUGUUUUUUUCCUUACUCAACAUCAGAAAAUUCACACUGGAGAGAAGGCCUACCACUGUAAAGACUGUGGCAAAGCAUUUAAGCAGCGGUCCAGCCUUACUCAGCACCAGAGAGUUCACACUGGAGACAAGCCCUAUCUCUGUAAGCACUGUGGCAAGGCAUUCACUCAGAGGUCAAGCUUUACUCGACACCAGAGAAUUCAUACUGGAGAGAAGCCCUACAAGUGUCAAGAUUGUGAUAAAGCUUUUAGCCGCAACUUACUUCUUAUUCAACACCAGAGAAUUCAUACAGGAGAGAAGCCUUACCAUUGUCAAGAUUGUGGUAGAGCGUUUAAUCAAAGAUCAAGCCUUACUCAACACCAGAGGGUUCAUACUGGAGACAAGCCCUUCUGUUGUAAAGACUGUGGCAAGGCUUUCACUCAGAGAUCAAGCUUUAACCGACACCAGAGAGUUCAUACUGGGGAGAAGCUGUACAAAUGUAAAGACUGUGACAGCACCUUUAAAUGCAGUUCCCACCUUGCUGAACACCAGUGCACCUCAUUAGGCAGCUGCUUCGAGGAUACAACAUUUCCCCAAUAUAUGUGAGUUUAGUGUUCUAUUACAGCCAGUUAGCAAACACAGAUGGAUUUAUUUUGAAAACAUGUAAUAUAUUUGAUUAUGUAAAAGGUACUUUCUGUGGCAAUACCUAACUGGAUUUCCAGAACCACAUCCUGGUUUAAUUACAUAAUAAUAUUUUUCUUUCUUGUUAUUUUGUCAACUAGUUCUGUGUUAAUAGUUGUAUUCUCAAAUGUAUUUCCCAAACGUUGUCCAGACUGUACACAUAAAACAUACACACUGUCCAGUGUACACAUGAAAGUGCACACAGGUGCCACACUGGAGAAGUCUUUGACAGGUCCCCCUAUGAUUUACACAAUUGAACUGUGUAGCAUAGAGCUUGGCUGUCCUCCCCUAGAAACACAUAGACUUGUGUUUACUGUCCCUUCUACAGCCUAGUUAAGAAGAGAUUUUCAUGACAAUAACCAGAGAAGCCUCUUUAACCCUGCAUGUGUAUUUUUUUCUUUAAUCAUAAAACAGAAACCAUAGAGCCCAGAUAGCAAAAAGAAAGAAAAAACCUAAAGGUAUAUAUUGAAUCGGUCUGAGGAUCUUGACUUCUGAGUCUGCUGCUAAAAAAACUGCAAAUAUAUACAUGGUGCAUGCAGAAUCCACAAUUUUAUACAAUUAAAUUUCAUUGGGGGGGGGGGGUGUUGUGUGCCACAGCAUUGAUGUGAGCAUCAGAGGACAGCUUCCAGUCAAUUCUUUCUGCCAGUCCGUGUGUUUGAACUCAGUUCAUCAGGCUUUGCUAUGAGUGCCUUCACCUGCUGAGUUAUCUCUUUGGUGAUUGGAUUUUAGGGCCUGGGAUUUUUCUGGCUUCUAUCACACAGAACCCUGCUCUUUUCUGUCCUUUUGUAAUUAGAAAGUUAGGCAGACCACCUACAACAGUUGCAUCUCGGUGCAUAUAAUCUCCCUGUGACUUGAAGACAUGACCAUAUUUAAAAAUGAGAAUGUAUAGAAAAUGCAGGGAGACAUUUUUAUGUUGAGUGUUCAAAACAGACUCAAUAAAGCUAAAGGCCUUCUGAGGUAUCAUGUCUAGUGAGACGUUGCAAGUGAUAGAAGGCUGUGUGAGCCUCAUGAGGGUGAGUGCAGAUUCUGUAAAGGCAGAGAAACGCUGGAAUCGUACUCUGUUGUGAUGCAUUGUGAGAAGAGAGGAGAGGUGAUAAUGGUGGGAGAGAGAGCAACACCUGAUUCAGAGCUGUAAAACAACUACCUGUAAGCUAUAUGCUGGGAGUGUUGGUUUCCUCACUGAUGGAGAAUCUGUUUUAGCACACUGUUUAGGGUCUGUACCAGGGCUCGCUCUUUCUCUGUGUUGGUCUAGUCAACCCAAGGCUCACCUGCCUGGAUCAGGAUUUGGGCAGUAAGACCAGGAUCAUUGAGACCUGCUCACUGCAUCUAGUACCUGGCAAGUAUUUAGGGGUUUAGAUCCCACAUUUUUGUCAGGUUAACCAUAUGCCAACCUUCUUCCUUUUCAUGGGAAGAGGAAUUAUGGUGCAGAAUUCCUUCACAGGAGCAUUUUUGUUUCUAUAUAGGAAUCAUACCAUUCUGGUACUCAAAUGAUGAAGCCUUUGGCCAUCUAAAGUCAAAAUAUACUCAAUAAUUUCACAUAGUUCUUCCAGGGCAACAAAACAAUCACAAAGCAGUCAUGGCUGGAAACUUCUAGAAAACUUUAAUGCCAAACAAGUGGAUAAGUAAUUGAACUUUGUAUGAUUUGAUCAGUACGAGGGAGGAAUGCAGUGAUUGACAGGUUUGGAUUUCUUUGAGAAGGCUUUCUUUAGUUGUAUUGCUUAUCCUGGUGCACUUCCAUGAAGGCAUUUUCUAGAUAAGUUGUUAUUUCUAUUUGUGUUGUUUCUACCUUCUUGAAAAAUUUAGACUCUAAUAUAAUUAUCUUAGAGAAAGUUAAAGAGAUAAGUUGGGAAAAUAAUUGUACUUUGCUCUCUGUUGCUGGGACAAAUACCACAAUCAAAACCAACUCGGGAAAGAAAAGGUUUGUUGAGGAUAGGGACUAAAGCAGAAGCAGGGGAUGGAACCAUGUAAGAAAGGUACUUCCUGGCUUGCUUCCUGUAGCUCAUGCUCAGCCAGCUUCCCUGAACUUCCCCGGACUACCUGCCUAUGGGUGGCACUGUCUACAGCAAACUGGGUCUUCCCACAUUAGUCAACAAUCAAAACUAUUUCAGACAUGGCUAUAGGCCUUUCUGAUCUGGUCAUUUCCUCAGUCCCUCAACUGAGAUUCUCACUUUCCAUGUGAUCUUAGUGUGUCAAACUGAUAGUAAAACCAAACCAGGAUAGUAAAGUAUAAGGGAGGCUCAGGGAGAACAGAAGAGUAACUACUGUGGCGAUUCAGCAAUCAAAAGCCUACAUCUUGAUUCAGGUCCUACACAGAUGCUCAGAGAAUAGUCUGAGUCCCUCCCUGCCCACGGUGAGGCAGACCAGCAGUCUCCCCUCAAAAGAACAAAACAUCAGCAUUGAUGGAUACUCCAGCCUCAAUAUUUCCCCAGGCCUAAAAGAAAAUAAGAUUAUUUGAGAGGAUGGCACCUUGAUUUCUCGUUAAGCCUAUGUGUCCAGAAAUACUCUGGUGUUUAGUUCUUAAUUCUCUGCAUUAAAAAUAAAUGAAUGAUAUGGAAAGAAAAGAAAACAGUCAGUUCUGACAUCUGUACAUUUAAAUGAUGAAACAGCAUCCAAAUUCUAGAUCUUACAUCAAUUAAUGCAAAUAAUGUGAAGUCUCCAGCUCACAGUUUCACAAUACUCUAUGAGCACAUAAUGCUUUCCUAAUAGUUGUUAUAUAAGUGACUAUAUACAUCUUGUGUUCCAAAUUGCAACUUAAGAACAGUUGCCUACAGCAUAUUUUAAGGAAGCAAAGGAUGAUUUAAGAUCUGUAGUAUUUACUGGGAACUAAGGACAUUUGUUUUGAGAACUGAUAGUUUGCAUGCACUCUUUUCUAGGUUAGUGAUCCAGAUGAUGGAUCUCAAUGCUGACAAGAAUUGUGUUUUAAGGUGCCAGUUCAUGAAUGCUCCCUCUAGUUCCACCAAACACACAGUCACAAUUCCUUAGAUUGUGGUUGUAUGAUAACCACAUUAUUUUUUUUUACCAUCAAAUGCAAGGUCACUAGCAUAAAGCUGUAGUCAACAUGUUUGGUUUUUUGAGUGUCAUGCUACUCUGUUUAUUUGUUUGUUUGUUUGGUUUGUUUGUGAGGCUUUACUCUGGACGUCUAUAUUUUUUUUCUUUUUAAAUAUUUUAUUGAUUCUUUGUGAGUUUUACAUCAUUCACCUCAAUACCAUUCAUCUCUCCAUCCCUCCAUAUCCCACUCUCUGCUGUUGCAGUCUCAAUGUGGAUCCUGUGGUGUGUCACUGUGUCUCACAAUGUGUCCUUUUGCCCAGACAGCUUUACUUGCAAAUGUUCAUUGCAAGAGUCAUUGAUAUAGUUCUCUGGCUUCUGCUACACCAUCAAUACUGGAUCCUCACCAUGGCCCCUCAGGUAUCUUCUUUUUGCCCUAUGUCUCGGAAAUCCUGCAGCUUUGAAUCUACAUGACCAGCCCCUUCAUUUGCCCAACAGUUAAUAGUUGGGGUGGAUGUUGGGGUGUGUAGAGACUUCACCUUAAUUGACAGAAGACCUAGAAUUUGGCUAUUGCACAGUGCAAAGUGUAUAAAGUGGUCAGUGUAUAAGACACCAGUGGAAAGAUUGCCAAUAGCUGUAUCAAGUACUUAGGUGCAGAAAGAGCAGGACCAAGAGGAACAACCACAGCCAGCUCAUGAAUUCCCCCUGGCUGUGGGGUUAACGUUACAAAGGUCAUCUCAGUAAAUGAAAUGCAAUCAGUUGUUCUCCCAUUGGAAGACACCAACCCACAUACCCAGCGGAUUUGUAGUAGAGCAAAGAGUUUGUUCCACAAAU